AUGUACCAUAUUGAUCAAUCCAACAAUGAUAAUCAUCAUCACAUUUAUAAGUGCAGUAUUGUUUCAAAUUUUUGCAAAAACAAAUUAAUUAAUUCGAAUAUUAUUGAAUUUGCUAAUAAAAACAAAGCUGAUUUAUAUGUUGCUAAAUGCAUUAUUGCAAGAAAUGCAGGGUAUUCUUUACUUUCUUCAAAUAUUUGUUCUUUUGAAAAUAAUAUUUCAGAAAAUCUCGUUAAUAUAACAGGAGGAUGCAUUUCUUGCAGACUAUACUUAUUUAAUGAUAUUGGUUCAUAUUCAAUUCCAGAAAUUUGUUCAUUCUCAUAUAUCACAGCUAUUUCUAUUGAAAAGAAAAAAUUCAAUAAUUUGAAACAUAAAAUGCAACCAUUACAAGGUUCUAGUGAUUCAGAUGGCUCUAGCAACAGUGGGUCUUAUCCAAUUAUAACUGAAGUUAAAUUAGCCAAAAACGAUUACUUUUAUCCUAAUGAUAGGUAUUUAAAUGUUACUUUUCAACUAAUAUAUUGGGAUGGUUAUGAACAUGACAAUGCAAUUUAUUAUUCAAUUGAUGGUACAGAGCUUCAUACUAUAGCAUUUAAAGUUAAUAAGAAUGACGACGAAACAAUUAAUAAUUAUUCAAUUGAUGUUGAAAUUCCAGAAAAUAUCAAAUAUGGAAAUCAUUCCAUAACAUUGUAUUAUCAGGAUGAUGAAUACACAUCUAGCGAAUCUGCACAAUUCAAUUUAUACUAUAACAGUCCAAAGUUAAGACUCAGAAGUAAGCCUUUAGUAUCAGACUACGUUUACUUUGACAUAGAAGUCGAAGAUAACGAUAUCAGAAAUAAUAUAACUUUUUAUUACUAUUUUUACUAUUUGCCACAGCAAGAAAGACUAAGAUACAAUGAAACAUUAAAUAUUACAUCAGGAAAAGAAAACUAUCAAAUCAAAAUUGAUUAUCAUAAAUAUAAAAAUUCACAAACACUUAUAUUAUACGGUGUAGACUCUCAUGAACUCAGUUCAAAUGAAGUUCAUGCAAGUAUUGAAAGAUGUCCAGUCUGCAUUGACAAUGCAUAUAGACUGAAAUAUUCUCUGCAUCGGCAUUAA